GGUGGAGUGAUGGAGGAUCAGGUGUUUAAAGUCUCUAUAAAAGCAUCUGUUAGUAUGAGAAGAUCAUUGCCUUUACAGUCUUACACCUGCAAAUGGAGCCACUUCAAGUCUUUACAGUCCUGGCAUUUAUUCUAGUUUGCGAUGGACAGUCAACUACACCAACUACAACAAGCCCAGAACACAGGUCCACGUAUCUGAUAUCCGUCUCUAAAGUCCUGCGAUGUGGAGUGCCGACCAAACUAUCAGUCACUAUUCUUACAUACCAUCAUAUAAAUGUCACUUCUGAACUCAUUCAUGGAAACAUCAGCGUGGCCAAAACGCAAAGCAUCAUCCCAGGAGGCUCUACUGGAACCCUCGUUCUUCCUCCUGUACAUUACAGUGACAUAAGUUACUUGUAUCCAUAUGAGCUGCAUGUCAAAGGCUUUGCUGGAAACACUCAAGUCUUCUCCAACACCACCAUGAUGAUGUUUAGUCCAAAGUGCACAUCAAUUUUUAUUCAGACUGACAAGAACAACUACCAGCCAGGACAGACUGUGAGGUUUCGGGUCGUAUCCCUAAAACCUGACGGAAAGCCAUACGGAGGCAAGAUAGACAUUUUUAUUCGGGAUCCGAGAGGAAAUCUGAUUCGGCAGUGGCUGUCUGUUGACGGCGUUCUUGGUGCUGUUUCAGAAGAAUUCAUCCUCUCUCAGAAUCCAUCACAAGGCCAAUGGACAAUUUCAGCUAAAAUCAAUGACGUUGUAAAAGAGAGACAUUUCAAUGUUGAAUACUAUGUGCUUCCUAAAUUUGAUGUGAAGGUGAACGUUCCUUCUGUCCAAUAUUAUGAAGAUAUUCUUGUUGGUACGGUCACUGCCAGCUAUUUUUAUGGGAAACCCGUCAGUGGUGAAAUGAACGUUUCGUAUGCCCACGUUUUCCAAGGUCUGGUUAAGCGUUACCAAGAGGAAGGAACAAUUGAUGGCUCUGCCAGUAUUACAUUUGAUUCAUUUCGCUUGGACAACCAAUCUGUUGAGUUUAUAUAUUCACAAUAUGAAGGAUACACGGCUGGUGAAUAUAUUGAGAUCAAUGUGACUGUGACCGAGCGUGCUACAGGACUGACGUACAACAGUAGUGAAAGAGUUUCCAUUGUGCAGAAUAAAUAUCAUCUAGAGUUCCUGCAGUAUCCAGAGAUCAUACGGCCGUCCAUGACCUUCAUGGCUCAGUUGAAAUUAUCCAGUUAUGAUGGCCGGGCCUUGACCGAUGAAGAGCGGAGUGAAAGUGUGCGGCUGACUGUCACCCAGCAGAAGUUUAUUCCCUGGAUGUGGCCGCUGGAGAAAACUGAAUGGUUGGAAACUGGUGUCUCGGAUGAACGAUCUUCCUUCAGCUUUCCUCCAUUUGAUAAUCUUUCAGUCCGAGAGAUGAAUCUUUCUCUUCCUCCUGAUGGAGUGAUGUCAUUCCAGAUUCAACUCAAUGAUGAUGUAGCUACGCUUGAUUUAAAGGCUGAGUUUAAUGACACGGUCAGUAGAUUACAUCUGUACAGAAGUUAUUCUUCACCCAGUGGAUCUUACAUGCAGCUGCACAGAAACAAUCAUCCUCAGGUCGGACAGCCUCUGUCUUUGACCGUGGAGAGCAAUGCUAACCAAACCAAAUUCCAUUAUCUGGUGAUGUCUCGAGGUCGGGUGGUGACUACAGGAACUUCAGAAUCCUCAUCUUUCAAUCUGAUCACUGAUCAGUCCUGGACUCCGCUGGCCUGUGUUCUUGUGUACAACACGCUCCCUGAUGGAGAGAUUAUCAAUGACGCUUUACACGUUACUUUCACACAAGUCCUGGCAAACAAUGUGUCUCUGAGGUGGAGUCAGGACCGUGCAGGACCGGGCGACUCUGUUUCUCUGUCCGUCUCUGUUUCUGAGCCUGGAUCUCUGGUGGGAAUACUGGUGGUGGAUAAAGGGACACUGGACUCUAAAACAGACAAUGGCAUCACAGACAAAACGGUGCUGGAGGAGUUUAUGUCUUACAGCAGAGAGAUGAGCUCUGUAAAUCUCAGGGGCAUGAAAAUGGGCAAUCCGUACUCCAUAUUCACGUAUUGUGGCGUCACAGUCCUGACAGACGCCAGACUCGACCUGGAGAACAAUUUAAUGUUUGCUGAGUUUCCAGGGGAGAUCUACGACACAAUUCCUCAGUCUGAUGGAGUCCUUCAAGAGACCAAAGAGAGAAAAUUCUUUCCUGAAACCUGGAUCUGGCUGGAUGCUAAUAUGAGUACAUCCACCGUAAAGUCUUUCCCCUUCACCGUGCCAGACAGUAUGACAUCUUGGGUGGCGUUUGGCAUUGUGAUGUCUGAGGGUCUUGGUUUGGGCAUCAGUGCUCCUGUUGAGUUGACAGUUUUCCGGGAUUUCUUCCUGUCUCUUAAUCUCCCGGCGUUCAUCAUCCGUGGAGAACUGCUACUGUUGGAAGUCAAUUUAUUCAACUAUAUGAAUGUGGAUAUGGAGGUAAUUGUAGUUGUGGCAGAAAGUGAGAUGUUUGAGUUUGUGUCUCCAGACGGUAAAGGAUCUCCUCUGGCCAGCGUAAGAAAGAUCUACGUCCAGAGUCAGAACAUUACGUCCGCUGUGUUCCCGAUCCGAGCUCUGGCACUGGGAGAGAUGCCCAUCUCCGUCAAAGCCACGUCCACGUACAAUUCAGACUUAGUCUACAAAACUGUUCUUGUCAAGGCGGAGGGAAUGGAGCAGUCGUCUACUCAAACUGUGUUUCUAGAGUUUCCACUGAAUCAGAGGACUCUGUCCCGAUCAUUGGAGUUCAGUUUUCCUGCAGAUGUCGUUCCAGGCAGUCAGAGGGCCACAGUAUCUGCUGUGGGUGACAUUUUGGGUCCAUCUAUUGGCAAUCUGGACUCUCUUAUUCAGAUGCCCUACGGCUGUGGUGAGCAAAACAUGAUCCAUUUUGCUCCAAAUAUUUAUGUUCUCCAGUACCUGAGAAGUUCAGGCCAGAACGAGGAACAGACGAGGAUCCGGGCUAUGAGCUACAUGUUGACAGCUUAUGAACGGGAGCUCUCGUAUCAGAGGAGUGAUGGGUCAUUUAGUGCGUUUGGUGACAGUGAUAACUCUGGCAGCACCUGGUUAUCAGCGUUCGUGCUGAGAUGUUUCCUCCAAGCUCGAACUUUCUUUACGAUUGAUCCGGCGGUGAUACAGAGGACGGCCGAUUGGCUGGUGACGCAGCAGAACCCUGACGGUUCUUUCAGAGAGCCGGGUCGAGUCAUCCACACAGAACUGCAGGGAGGUUUGGACGGGUCCGUUUCUCUCACUGCUUACGUCCUCAUGGCGCUCCUGGAGGAUGAACAAUACAGGAAUAUCUAUGAAGGACGUGUAUCUUCUGCCAAAAGUUAUCUGAUAUCUCAGCUGAAUCAGGGUCUCUCCAGUAACUACAGUCUAUGUUUGGUCACCUAUGCGCUUUCAUUGGCCAACAGCUCGACUGCUAUAUCUGCUCUUACACAGCUGAUGAACAGAGCUUACAUUCGAGAUGGAGUGCCAAUGUGGAGUCCUCCAGUGAACGUUGAGUCGAGUUACUGGCAGCCCCGUUCAUCAGAUAUCGAGAUGUCUGCAUACGUACUGCUGUCCAUGGACAAACAGGCACAGAUAGAUGGAGGAUUCGGACUCUUAAAGUGGCUCAGUCAGCAGAGGAAUCAUCUGGGUGGAUACGGAUCGACGCAGGACACAGUGAUCGCUCUACAGGCUUUAUCAGUCUACGCUUCAUACGGCAGCUCUGCAUCCAUCGACCUCACCAUCACAGUCACCGAUCUCAUGGGCCGUGUCACCGUCUUCACCAUAAACAGAUCCAAUUACCUGCUUCAACAGAGUCAAGACAUAACUUUGAAUACAGACGAGCGAGUUUAUGUUGAGGUGUUUGCAGAAGGUCAGGGAUUUACUCUUUUUCAGCUGAGUGUAUUUUAUAAUGUGAACGGCCUGAGAUCAUCACGCAGACGUCGUGACGUUUACACAGAUGACUUCUUUUAUUUGUAUGUGGACAUCACGGACGAUGACACGCAUCAUAUGAACUUACACGUGUGUUUCAAUCUGAGAGAUGGUCAGGGUCUGAAUCAAACGGGUAUGGCCAUUCUGGAUGUGGGUUUACUCACCGGCUUCAGUUUGGCACAAGCAGGUGUCCAGACCGAUGAUGUGGUGAGAAGAGUUGAGACGUCUCCCGGACGAGUUAUUCUUUAUUUGAGCACCGUGACAACAUCUGAGUGGUGUCUUGAUGUACCCACCAGCGUUGACUUUAAGGUUACAGGUGUUCAGGACGCAGUGGUUAUGAUCUACGACUACUAUGAGCCCCAGCGUAAAACCGUCCGAUCGUACACAUCAGUGAGAAGACGUGACAUGUCCGUGUGUUCUCUGUGUGGAUCUGAUUGCUCUCUGUGUCAGAAUCAGGACCACACGCUGACUGAUGUCACAUCUUCCUCCUUUACCAAACAUCAUCAUCAUCAUCAUCUGACCUUCAUCACUCUUCUCUUCACUUUACUGUCAGUCCUUAUUUAAUCAGUGUUUUACAUAUACACAGAUCUGAGAUCAGUUUGAAUAAAUGACUGUAUGUCUAAAAUGAUGAGAUAGAGAGGAUUUCUGUUUUAAAUGUUUGUUUUUACAUCAUAAUAAUCUGACAAAGACUUUAGACAGAAGUUUUGUGUUUAUGUAAAAUGUGCUGCUUCAUCAAUCAUAAUGAAAUCAUCAAUGUUUUAGUAUUUUCUAAUGUACGGCAAUAUGUGUAAAUGAAACGUUUUUAUAUACCGUCAAAACUGAUGAGUUUAUAAAUGUAAGUGCUGCAUGAUUAUUCCCCAUCAUUACAGUUAUAAUCUAUUAGAUUCUGCUGCGUUCACAUCAUGCCACUAUUAAUGUACUGUGGCCGGUUGCAUAAACAUAGCCGUGACAUUAAGACUGCGUCUUAAGAAUGAUUCUGACUAACUAUUACUAAAACAAUUAGUUAGGGCUAAUCAGUCUUAUUAUUUGGAUUUAAAUUAGACCAAUCUACCUUUCUAUGUAACAUCCUUAAAACAGUUAUGAUCAGUCUUGAAGAAAAAAAUUCAUGACUAACUUUAAAGACUAGUCUUAAAGUUUUAUGCAACCGGCCACUGUACAUACAAUCUGACUAAUAUAACAAAACAUUCUUUAAGGUUAUUUAAAUAAAUCAAAAUGCCUUCCUACAUCAUCUUUAUCUCUUUCCCUGCAAUUGCAGAGAAAACGCUUCCCUGUCAAUGACGAGUUUUUACGGCAAUCUGUAUUUCCGCUAUUAUCCACCAGGUGGCGCUCUUACACAACUUAUAAAACACUGAAGCAUCCACUGAUCCAAAAACAGUAAAAACUUUGUGUAUGUUUUGAUCAUCGCUCUAAAUCUGGUCUCUAUUGAAAGUCCUUUACAAAAAUGCAAUCUUGUUUGUGUGAAGGCAGAGGGUCUGUUCUUUCAUUUUAUAUAUUGUAUGUUUAUAUUUUUAG